GAGGAUAUGAGGAGCACAAACUUCAUCCACAAGCUUGUUUGCUGUCAGCGGAAGAAGAGAGUGUAAGAAUGGCUUGUGUAGGUGUAACCAUGACCAUGGCGGCAUCGUUUGGUCUGAGAUACUACCCAUCGUGCUCUUACCCAACUCAACUCAAUCACGGCUCGGUUCAACUCGGUAGGUUCAAGAGGCCCAAACCCUUGAGACUCAGUUCCUCGCAAUCGCAUAGCAUUUCUGGGUUGGACUCGCUUCUUCCCCGCAAGCUCUGCGCUAUCAAUUUCACCCCUCCUCGCCGCCUUAGCUCUCUUACCAUCGUCUCCGCCAAAGGCUACAAAAUGAAGACCCACAAGGCUUCGGCGAAGCGCUUCAGGGUGACGGGUAGAGGAAAAAUAGUUCGGAGGAGAGCUGGAAAGCAACAUUUACUUGUAAAGAAGAAUGCCAAGAGGAGAACUCGACUCUCCAAAAUGCAUGCAGUUAGUCGAAGUGACUAUGACAACGUGAUUGGAGCCUUGCCAUAUCUGAAAGUAAAUAGGAAGGCAGAGUAAAGGUGAUUUGCAAACUUGAUGCGAAUGGAAUUUCUGACAUGUACUCUUUUAUUUCUCAAAUCUUUGUACAAGAGUUUGAUAAUUUUUUUUUCUUCAAUGAUCUUUAUUUCCUUGUCUAUUGAGGGUGUUGCUGUUACAUUUUCAACGUACGGACAUAUAUCAUGGAAACACUUAUUUUUUAUGUAGUUUCCUCUUUUGCAAGAUUCUAGAACUUGGGUCUGCUGGAAAAUGUAGACAAUAUGAUAACAUGCUACGAUGCAUUUUAUUCUAUGCACUUCAUUUUGGGCA